AACAUUCGCGCGGAUUCGGUGACGUGUACUAAUGUUGUGCUUACGUCAUCAGUUCCGUCCAAGAUGGUGAAGUCGAGGCAGAGCCGGAUUGUGUUUACGUCAUCUUUCCUCACGCUCGUGUUCGUAUCCCUCUACUAUUCUUUCUUAUGGAGCCACCAGAUGGAGCCAGCGAACGGCGGCGGACAUUCUCUCGGUGUUAGUGAUGUUGGCGCCCUCGUGCGGAUGACUGAGGAAAUAACGCGGGCCGGCCGCGUGCCUCUGAUCGCCACCGUCAACGCCGCGUAUCUUCCGAUGACGCUCAGCUGGCUGUGCAACACCGCCGCGAUGGCGGGCGUGCACGAGCAGACGGUCGUCAUAGCAACCGACGACGCGACGCACGACGCGCUGCGCCGACGCUGGCCGACGGUGCGCGUCUUCCGGCACGUGACGCAAGCGGAUAUGACGCAGCGGCACAAGUUCGGCUCGAACGGAUAUCGCGUCUACCUGCUCAUGCGCGUGAAGCUAAUGUUCGAGUUGCUACGUCACAACGUGUCCUUCAUCAUGUUCGAAACCGACUGCCUGUGGCGAAAAAACCCCGUGCCACUCCUCGGUGACGUCACGAGCUCGACCGGAUAUGACGUCGUCGCCGCGCAACUCGGCAACAAGCCGCAUCUGGGAAACUACUCGGUGAAUUUCAUGUUUCUCAACGCGACGCCAGGUGGCGUUGGCGUCUGGGGAGAGAUGGUUAGGCGUCUGGAGAAGGGACUUCUUACGGAAUACGAACAGGACAUACUCGACGGGCUGUGCAAGGCGAGGCACGCUGGAGCGAGGUGCCGUCUGUUCCCCUACGAGCAGAUAGCCGACGGUAUGUGGUACAGGAUGACGGCGGAGGCGAGGCGGCGGCUGCUGCCUGAUCCCUACAUCAUCAACAACAACUUCAUCGUCGGCGUGGCGAAGAAGAUGACGAGAGCGAAGGCGUACGGACACUGGUUCCUCGCGAAGGACGGAGAGACGUGCCGUCCGGCAAAACCAGGCUAGCGUGUGCGUGCGUGCAUGUGUGUGUGUGUGGGGGGGGCGUGU